AUGCGUCAGGUGCAAUUCCAAAGAAAGCGAGUGAAGAAAAGUCAUGAUUCGGUGCCUACUACGCGAUAUUCAUAUCCACAUUCAUUUAUGCAUGACCUACCAUACCUGUCAUCGCAUAAUCGGACGGCCUCUAUUACCGAUAAUGACCCCGGAUCUACAUACUUUAUGGAGAAGGGGUUUGGUUAUUUCUGUACAAAGGUGUCGAAUAAGCAACAUAAUUCAAUCUGCAAGUCUCGUGCCCAUGUAAAAUAG